CCGGCCUCGGGGCCUCGGAGCCGCUUUAAGUGGAUGCGGCAGCGGCGGGCGGGAGCGGAGCGGAGCGCAGCACCGGGCACGGAGCCCCGACCCCGUCAUGCCGCACUCGGUGGCCCUGCGCGGCCCCUCGCCGUGGGGUUUCCGCCUGGUGGGCGGCAAGGACUUCAGCACGCCGCUGACCAUCUCCAGGAUUAACCCUGGAAGUAAAGCAGCCCUGGCCAACCUGUGCCCAGGAGACAUCAUUCUGGCCAUUAACGGGGAGAGCACAGAAGCCAUGACGCACCUGGAGGCGCAGAACAAGAUCAAGGCGUGCGUGGAGCAGCUGCUGCUCUCCGUGAGCAGAGCUGAGGAGAGGAGCUGGUCACCGCCCAUUCUGGAGGAUGGGAAGGCGCAAGCUUACCGCAUCAAUAUUGAGCCCGAGCCGCAGGAUAACGGCCCCGCAGUGGGCAAGAGGCCGAUGCCCCACACGGCAGGGGGGAGCCCGGUGGACAGCAGGCCAGCACUGAGCCUGCAGCACGCCCAGCCCGGCCGGCUGCAUCCCAGCAGCAGUGCCGAUGCCGCCCUGCCGCUGCAGCUCAGCGGGCUGCACAUCGCUGCUUCCCAAAGCACCGACCCCUUAAAGUCCCUCCCGCGGAACAGAAACGGGAUCGAUGUGGAGUCAGAUGUCUACAAGAUGCUCCAAGAUUACGAGAGGCCUGCCUCCGAGCCCAAGCAGUCGGGGUCCUUCCGCUACCUGCAGGGCAUGCUGGAGGCUGGGGAGAACGGUGAAAAACUCGACAGACUGAGCAACCCCCGGAGCAUCAAACCUGCGGGACCGAAGCUCGGCGCUGCCAUGUCCGGGCUGCAGAUGCUCCCCGAGUGCACGAGAUGCGGCAACGGGAUCGUGGGAACCAUCGUCAAAGCCCGCGACAAGCUCUACCACCCCGAGUGCUUCAUGUGCGACGACUGCGGCCUCAACCUGAAGCAGAGGGGCUAUUUCUUCAUCGAGGAGCAGCUGUAUUGCGAGACGCACGCCAAGGAGAGGGUUAAGCCCCCCGAGGGCUAUGACGUGGUGGCUGUUUAUCCGAACGCUAAAGUUGAACUCGUCUGAACGGGGGAGGGGGGGGGCUGGGCUCAGACGGCGCUCGCCCACCCGCACGCACGGCGCUGGCUUCGCAGAGUGGCUGUAAUCAACCCCGAUUACCGCAGCCCGAGUAAAAUGCCUUUCUGUAGAUAAAACCGUUUACACUUGGGAUCUCAAGGGGGAUGGUGUUGAAAGCAUACGAACAGGUUUUUCCCUUCUCUUUGACACUUUUUUUUUUUUUUUUUGGUGGGUUUCUGUGCUGGGUUAUUAGUUUGUGCCAUAACCUUAUCCAAGAUCUGCAUAAAUAUUGAUUCAUUCUCUACUUUUUUUUUUCUCCUAUAAAACCAGGAUUUCUUCCCUCCCCCCCCCACUGUCAUCUAAAAAAAGGAAGGAAGGAAAGCUCAAAGAAAAUGAGGCACUUUACCUACAAAGAGCUGACUCCUGUAUUGCAGCUUCAGUCUCCCACCCACUGAUGACCGCUCCGUGCCUCUGUGCACCGAGCACCCAGCAAGGCUUGCUCCUGCCUUCCCCACUCAGUUACUCUCUCCUGGCCGCCCAGCAGCACGUCUCAAGGAUGCUGAGGCAGCUGGAGCCCACCUGGCUGCCCUCCUGCACCCCAGUCCCCUUUGCUCCCCACAGCGAGGUGCUCUGCUUCUGUCUUCGCUUUGGGUUUUUUGCAGUCCUCCCCCAGGCUGCUGCCCCUGCCCUGACCCGGCAGCUGGGGAGGGGGUGGCAAAACCCCCCCAGAGAUCAGGAGGGGAUGCAGGAGCUGCUUGGCCCCGAGUCCCAAGCGAGCGGACGCGAUUUGUGGCAGGGCUUUCUGUGGGCUUUAUUUAAGGGGGAGAUAAUUGAGGCUGUUGGGAUGCUGUUAGGUUUGAGAAAUGUUUUCCGUAUUCCUGACUGGAGGAGAGAGGUGCAGUUCAGACACCCCACUGUCAGGUGCCACCACAGUGAUGGAAGCCACGUGUUUGGUACCACCAGGUCCAUCUUGAAACACCUUUCUGCUUUCUCUGCUUUAUAAAUAAGAAGGUUCCUUCUGUAAAGGCAAAGAGUGUUUCCUUUGUGUUACUGUGUCCCCAUGUAAGGGGCCAGCAGGACUGUGCUGCACUGAGUGUCCAGGCGAUGACCCCAUGGGGCAGGUGGUGCUGGAGGGGCACCGACCAACAUCUGGGGUCUGCAAGAACCAACAGUGCUGUGACAGCCCUUGGUGCAGGAACAGCCCUAGAAAUAGGAGCGGGGGGAAAACACCACCUCUGGGGGCCAGAAAACGGAAAGUGGGAUGCUGGGGGCUAGAGAAAUGUCUGCUCCCUUCCUUGGACAGGGAUGGAGAUGGGGCACUGCCAUGCAGCCGCUGGGAGCUGGCAGCAGGACAUCAGUCCCAGCUCUUUCUGCCAUCUGCAUUUUUCAUUGCUGAAGUACAAGGAAUGCGUGGCAAUGUGAUCACCCAGCUGAGCUUGGGUUUGCUUGUAUUUGCAUAGCCUUGCUCAGUAGGUUGGGCCAGCUGAAUAGAAAUACUUGGGACAGCUGUAAGUGAUUAGGAGGCUAAGGCUAAUCAGGUAUGAAGUGUUAUCACCUCUUGUUUGCUGGCCUCUGCUUGGAGCUCGUUAGUUUGCAAUCAGCAGCAGCAUUUGCUCUGACUUCCCUUAUUAACCUCGCUUGUUCCUGGGCUGGCAGCAGUGCUUCUGGAGGGGGGGAGGGGUGAGCUGGGGGGUGUUGGGCCCAUUCUGUGGUUUCACUGUAAAUACUGCUCACAGGUCACUUCUGUUCCCUUGAUGGCUCUGUUUAGAAGGUUGCGCUUCACAAACCAGGGCCUGACAGCCCAGCAGGGCUCUCCCACAUCACUCCAGGAGUGGUGCUCCCCAGGGCAGCUCCUCACCCCGCAGCGCAGGGAGCACCCUAAAAAUCCAGAGGCUGGAAGCACAGCAGCCUGGAUCCGGCUUCACCUGCACCUUUCUUUCAUUUGGAAGCGUGUUCCUGCAGGUUGAUAUUUCUCACACCGUUCUCUCACGAUGAUGCUCAUUCCUAUGCGUUACCAACUCCUUGGAUCCUCCUGAGGAGCAUCAAGCCGGAGCCGCCUCGCAGCAAUGCACUGUGACAGUGACUCCUGGUGCCGGUCCCCCCGCGUGCGUGGCAGCUGCCCGGAGCCAGCACAGGGCCUGGCCUCGCCAAGCCCCACCUGCUCCCUCUAUUUAACGCUGUAAAACAUUUGCAGGAUGACGCGGUUUGUAUGAAAUACAAAAUAAAACGGUAUCGGUGGUUUUCUGCCUUA